AUGAAGUCCACCUUGGCAUUCAGACGAUCUGUCCAGCGAUUGCGCUCAUCCCCUGACCAAAGCCCCCUUAAGCUCCCUCAGCCCAUCAACACCACCGGAAUCGCAUCGCCGCCAAUCAACAGCCAAGACACGACACUUCUUUCAGAUGACUCUCAGUUCGAAAUUCACCGUGAAGUUAUUCGUGGCCGAAUCGCUGCAGCCACCGCCACACCCCCAAAGAAGCUUACCAAGCGAGCUCGCUCACCAAGGAAGUGGAACCUCUUCAGCCGGUCCCAGAGUCAGCCGAACACCAAGAAGAAAGAGAAGGACGCCGUACCGGUGGCCGCUACCGUCAAGGUCGUACAGCACAAGCCCGCAGCUUUCUACACGUUGAUGGAUGGUUCUGAGCAGGAAGACACCGGCACGCAAGACGUCGAGGAGAUUCUUCGAGAGGCCGAGGUCUUUGAUCUUCCUUCUCCACAGCCCUUAUUCAAGGAAAGACGAACAUCCUCUGCCAGCCAGAAUCAGAGGAGGGAAUCCUUAAGCAGACUCCUCCAGCCAACCAAGUCAUCACAAGCUCGCAGGAACUCGGCGACUGCUGCCCCCAAGUCGACGUCGAUCCCAGCGAUACGUUCUAUGAAACCAACGCACACAUCACAGGCCAGCGUGUCGAAGCCAGCGGAAGCACGUCCCAGUCGUCUUCCCCAAGUGGGCCGCAUUCCCAAGGUCGUCACCUCCAGACCGGAACAUACGUCGUCCAGGAGCUUCUCCCGUCCCUUCAAUAGAAUCAGCUUGCAGAUGCAGCCCCAGGCUGCGAGCUUCAACCCUGACUUCGUGGCCUCGGGGCCAACACCGCCGGAGAUGUCCACUCCCGAGCUCUCCCGGGGAGAAUCUACAGAGACUAGCGAUAAAACCAACUCGGACCCUCGUUCCUCUCUUGUACCGGUGAAGACUCCCGAGAUGAUCCAGAUCGGCAAGGAAUUCCUAGCAUUCUCUCCCCGAAAGAACUCGGAGUGUACCACGAGCACCGAUUCCAGCAGCUGCGGGAUGUACACUCUAGCAGACGCUAUGGCCUUUGUGCCUGAUCCCAAUGCUCCGCUGGUCGAGGAUGAGAUCUGGGAUGAGUAUAACGACCUGAUAGGCGAGGUGCCGCCAUCUGCAACCUCGUCAAAGGGCGUUCCUUUCCAUCUUGAGACAUACGGGUCCCGGAUGUCCAAGAGGUCUCUCAAGCCUCUUGAGUCUCCCACCAUCGCGCCUCCGUCAAAGGCCCUAGAGAAGACCAUCGAGGUCGACAAGAGUGGUCCCACCUCCAGUGUCUACAGUGCCGACAUGACCGAACGACUCAAGGCUGCGUUCGCGCUGAAGCCUGAAGAGGACUCGACAACGCUCGUGCCAGUCGCCGAGGUGCCUGCCAGUGUCAUCGACCGCGAGAGCACACAGCUGGCGCGUAGGGCAACGGCCGCAUCGCAGAGGAGCAGCGGCUCAUCCCGCAAGUCGAGACAGUCCGAUUGCAGUUGCCGGUCUUCUGAGGAUGACUCACCCCUGUCUCAGGUCAACCUCCGCGUCGGCUCGAUGACUGUCAGCAAAUGGUUAUCCUUCGGACACGUCCUCUUCAGUCCAGCCAGGGACCAGCUUCUGGAUGUCGUCGGCUCUCUGAAGCGUCACUCAAUUCUUGUUGUUGAUGGUCUUGGCAACGACGACUGGUCUUUCUACGCAGCCGAGACGUACCCUGCGGCUACAUUUUUCAACUUGUCGCCUCGGGCACCACUACCAGAGGAGCACAAAGGCUCAUCGAGCUUCCCUCUGAGCCCACCCAACCAUCACCAAAUCCAGUACCUCUCACACACGGACAAGUUCCCCUUUGGUCCGGAGAGUUUUACCUCAGUGGUGUUCCGCUUCCCUGCCGCGGCGCCUGAGUCACAUUACCGCAACAUCGUCUCAGAGGCCCGCCGCGUGCUGAAGCCCGGCGGGUAUCUGGAACUUUCUAUCCUGGACGUCGACCUCAACAACAUGGGCAACCGCGGUCGCCGCACCAUUCGUCGUCUCAAGGAGCGAAUUCACGAACGGAACCCGGAGAUAAGCAUCGGCUCGACUUCUGACCUCAUCCUUCGUCUCCUCGGACGCAAAGGCUUCUCCGAUGUCAAAACUUGCCGUGUCGGUGUCCCAGUUGCCAGCAUCAUCACUCGAUCAGACAGCGGUAGCAAGAAGCCUCCGGUGGCUGGCUCUCGAAAGUCCAAAGAAGUCCGCAGCCUCGCCGAGAUGAUGAAUGAGGACGGUGACUCAGCGGAUGAGAACAUCACCAAGAUGGUGGCCAAGGUUGGUCGCUGGUGGUACACCCGCUGCUAUGAGAGUUCCGCUGGCACGGCCAACAGCAAGAGCAUCUGGACCGACCGCGCUUUACUCUCCGAAUGCGAGGAACUACGGACCAGCUUCAAGCUUAUGGUCUGCUAUGCGCGUGUCCCCGAGCGGACCCGAACCGCCAGCAUAUGA